GAGAGAGAGAGAGAGAGAGAGAGAGUGUCGAUGAUUGGAUGAGGGUUUGUACUAAAACCUCUUUAGAAUUCUGUUGUUCUCAAGUUGCUGUCUGCUUAAGAAGGGCCUUAUUCAGUGCGGAUUUGGGGGCGCUAUCUGGAGAGCGUCCUUGCACAAGCUUGCUGCAGGAGGUGGUCUACCUGGUGAGCCAGGGCGCAGACCCUGAUGAGAUCGGCCUGAUGAACAUCGACGAGCAGCUCCCGGUCCUGGAGUACCCGCAACCCGGCCUGGACAUCAUCAAGGAACUGACGUCACCCCGCCUCAUCAAAAGCCACCUCCCCUACCGCUUCCUGCCCUCUGACCUCCACAACGGUGACUCCAAGGUAAUGCCCUGCCCCUCCUGCUGGCCUGUGCCCUCAUGGCCCCCGAGGACCCGGGGAGUGAGACCCUGGUGCCGGCGUCCACCCUGGCAGAUGACUCCCUGUCCUUUCUCCGCAGUGGGCUACGGCUCCUGGUUCGAGCACGUGCAGGAGUUCUGGGAGCACCGCACGGACUCCAACGUGCUCUUCCUCAAGUAUGAAGACAUGCACCGGGACCUGGUGACGAUGGUGGAGCAGCUGGCCAGGUUCCUGGGGGUGUCCUGUGACAAGGCCCAGCUGGAGUCGCUGAUCGAGCACUGCCACCAGCUGGUGGACCAGUGCUGCAACGCCGAGGCCCUGCCAGUGGGCCGGGGGCGCGUGGGGCUGUGGAAGGACAUCUUCACCGUGUCCAUGAACGAGAAGUUCGACCUGGUGUACAAGCAGAAGAUGGGGAAGUGCGACCUCACGUUUGACUUUUAUUUAUAAGCGCAGCCCCGGCAACAACCCUGCAUGCUCGCGGUCCCCAGACGCCACUAGCUACGGUCCCGUACACGCAUUCGUUACUCGCUGGACAAGCCCCGGCCGCGGUGUGGCCACGCUGGGGGGGGGGCGCGCAGGAGGUGGGAGGGGGCUGCCGCCCGGAGCAGCUGUCCCGCCUUCGGAUCUGAAGUCUGUCCGUGUCUGAUACAAACAUUGUCAGGGUCGCCGUUCCGUUCCAACGGUGGCACCGUGAACACAAAGCCUGUAACGUAUGCAGCCAGACGCCUGCCUCUUACAGCCCGCAUUCCUGCCUGCGUUUGAUAGAGCUUCCCGCUGGAGACCCGAACAAGUGUCAGUACACACCAAACCAAAGUUCACUCCCGAGGGCACUCGGGGGUGAGCCACACCGAACGGUAGACGGAUCUCAGGUUGCAGUUUAUUUUUGUAGUUUUCUCCUGUGAGGCAGCCAUUCAUGCUCACCUGGUCUGGGAGGAAGGUGAGGGCUCGAUGAGGUGGGGGCCGAGGGGAAGCUGUCCCAAUGGCGCGCAGUUCUCUGUCACCUGGAAAUGAGGCAGGAACUGCCCACCGGGGUUCUCAGAGGGGAUGCCCCUCGGCCAGAGACUCACUGGGCGGAGCCAGCGGGACACUGGGGGGAAGCCUGCCCCAGGCCGGCGAUGGGACAGUCCACCCGGAGACACUGGGAGUCCGAGUCCUUGUCACCGUCUUUCGUUCCCUGAAGCGGAAGCCUGCUGCUGGGGAAGCAGAUGCUCCGCAGGGAGUUCCUGGGGCUCCCUGUCCUGAGCCUUCAGGUGGUUCCGCCACCGGAGGCGCUCGGCCCUGAGAUGCCAUGUGGCAGGGUUAGCGCCUUGUUCUCAGCCCCAGUUGGCAGUCUCACCCUGUCCCUGUCCCCGCACCUCCGUGUCCCCGGGGGAAGAGAGGUGGAGUCUUUAUCCCCAUUCCUCCCCGUCUCUCCCCAUCACCUGGCCCACCUCUGGCUGGAGGAGCGGAGAGGCUGGGUGGCCUGUGGCUGGGAAGUGCCCUGAGAGGUGGCCGGGGCCGCUGCUGCAGGGGCUGUCCUGUGCUGCGUCCCUGAAAGGUGUUUUACUGUGAAGGCGAGCGGCUGGGACCGGCAGGUGGCGCGUGGCGGUGCGCGUGGGCUCGGCGGCCCCUUUUCCGCGCAUCCGUGAGGGAGGCUGCUGUCUGUGAAGUUUCUUUUCUAUUUUUCUAUUUCAGUGCUGUAUGGACAUGAGACUCCUGUGCUUGCUUGCAUCUUUAAUAAAGACACGUCCCAGGC